CAUGAAACCUCUCAUGCUAGGGUGCAAUCUCAUUGCUGCGUACGCCGCACUCCAACAACCGACAGCAGACCCGCGCACGUCAGAGCAGGACAGGUUCAGACGCGAGUCUCCCGCCAAGGAGACCCUGCCUGGGCUCCUCGUGUGGGGCGGCUCCAUCUUGAAGUAUGCGUUGUACGCGCUAUUCUCAGCGGAAGCCACCCUUCUCAUCUUUACAUGCGGACCGUGCCCCGCAUUCGUGUUCCUCCUUCCCGCGAACCUCGCGCAGCGACUAACGGCUGUCGGGAUGCGUCUGCACCCGACAUCCUAUUUCACACUCGGGCACCUGCUUAUGUGCGCAGGCGCAGCCGUACGCGCGCGGUGCUACCGCCGCCUCGGCGCCCGCUUCACAUUUCGGCUCGCGCUGCUGGACGACCACAAACUCGAGACGCACGGACCGUACGCCGUCGUGCGCCAUCCCGCUUACGGCGGCGCGCUCGCUUUCAUCGUCGGCACGUACAUGUGCGUGCGCGACCGCGCGUCGCUCCUCGGUGCGCUCGGCGUGUGGAGCACACCGUGGGGCUCAGCGCUGCGCUUUUCCGGGGUCGUGCUCGCCGUCCUGGCGGCGUUUGCAUUUGUCGAUCGCGCACGCGUGGAGGACGAGGUGCUGAGGCGCAAGUUCGGACAACAAUGGGUAGAUUGGGCGAGGAAGACUCCCUACAAGCUCAUACCGUUCAUUCUGUGAUAGUACGGGCCGUCGCUUAUGUAGUGGC